AACUGCUGAGGUAAAUUUAUUGAUUUUAAUGGAAAUAUUUAAUAUUUAAACACUUUAACAUGAGUGUUUUGUUGUGGAAUUUGAUUUGAUAAACUCUAUAAAUACUGCGCUUCACUUAUUUGCUCACCAGUACUCGUAGGUCCGGAACAUACCGCUGCAAUCAUGUUUCAACAUUCGAUACUAAAACUUUUUGUACUUGCAAUUUGUCUCUAUGAGGGACAUGCUUCACUUUUGUGUAACCUCACUACAGAUGACUACAGCCAUGAACUCAGAAUUGAUUUCGACAAUAUUGCUAAUAGUCUUAGACUGCAGAUAACAGACAAAGAUGGUAAUAUUAAACAACAAGGACUUCUUGGACUUGGCUCUAACCUUGGUUCAGUUAAAAUUAACCCAGAAUCAGGUGGUUGUUUCGUUGUAUCAGAAUCAGGUGUAUCUCUUAACUUGGUCAAUAAAAACAAUGUUUUUGAGAUAACAUGGAGAAGUAAUCAGUCGUCAUCGGCAACAUUCCAAGAUUGUUUCGAUUUGGAACGAACUAAAAUGAACUGGUUUGGUGGUCCUGAAGUGUUUAAUCAAAUGUGGCCGAUUGAACAGAUUGCACUUAAUGAUAUGGUCAACAUGCCUCAAGAAAAUAAUUUUGCUGCUAUAACCGAAGGUUACUGGCUAAAUUCUAGAGGAAUCUAUAUUUAUGUCCAUGACAAAGUGCCACUGUUUAUUGACCAGAAUUAUCAAAAAAUGGGUUAUGUAUGUUUUUCCGCUAAGGUUAAAGCACCUUAUCGGGAUAGAGAUGAACUAGUUUUGAAAUACACUAUCGGCGCGUUUGAUAAUCCUAAAGUAGCUCACAUAAAUGCUGUGGAAACUUACCUAGGGAAACCAAAAGGUCAUCCUAACAUGGCUAUCAUUGAGAAUCCAAUUUGGUCCACCUGGGCUCGGUAUUACCGUGACAUAAAUGAUGAAAUUAUCUACAAUUUUGCACAAGAAAUCGCUAGUCAUGGUUAUACAGGUCAAUUUGAAAUUGACGAUGAUUGGGAGACUUGCUAUGGUAGUUUGGAAUUCAGUCAAAAGAAAUUCUCCGACAUUAAAAACACUUUACAAAAAAUCAAAGAUUUGGAUUUCCGUACCUCACUAUGGAUCCAUCCAUUCGUCAACGUUGAAUGCAAGGAAUCUGCUGAAUAUGGCCUGAACAAUAAUUAUUUCAUCAAAAAUUGGGAUAAUUCAACACUUACCAGUUGGUGGAAUAGUGGUCGUGAUCAAGCACACCACCUGGAUUUCACUAAUAAGGACGCUGUUGCAUGGUUUAAUGAAAGAUUAGACAAAUUAAAUGAUUUAGGUCUUGACACGUUCAAAUUUGAUGCCGGUGAGAGUUCCUGGGCACCUCAACCUCCAUUAUAUUCUAAUGUACCAAAUGAAGACUCACCACAAUGUUUAACAUCAGCUUAUGUAAAGAAUAAUGCAAAAUAUGGUGACGCUGUUGAGGUGCGCAGUGGGUGGCGUACUCAAGAAGAGCAUCUUUUUGUUAGAAUGAUUGAUAAAGAUUCUAAUUGGUCUGGUUCAAAUGGUUUGUAUACACUGAUCACUACCUUGUUAAUGAUGAACAUGAAUGGGUAUACGAAUGUGUUACCUGAUAUGGUUGGUGGUAAUGGCUAUUAUGGUAAACCUAGUGCUGAAUUAUUUGUUAGAUGGCUUCAAGCAAAUACGUUCAUGCCAGCUAUACAAUUCAGUUUUGUUCCGUGGGAUUACGAAAAUCACACUGAGUUUGAUGUCGUAGAAAUUUCCAAAAAAUUUGUUAAACUGCAUAAUAAAUACGCUCCUGAAAUCAAGAAAGCUAUGGAAAAGAACAUCGAAGGUAUUCAUCCAGUGAAUGGCCCAGUAUGGUGGGUGGAUCCUGAAAAUCCAGAUGCCCAUAAAGUAGCUACACAAUAUCUUCUUGGUAGUGACAUUGUCGUAGCCCCUGUAAUCAUGGAAGGAGAAAGCACAAGGGAUGUCUUCAUCCCUAAAGGUACCUGGAUUGAUGGUAACACAGGCACAGAAUACGAAGGUCCUCAAACAAUCAAAGACUACCCGGCACCGAUUGAUGUGCUGCCAUAUUUUACACGAAAAUGGUUUGUUUAUAAAGAAUCGCAAAUAAACAACAUUUAAUAUAG